AUGUAUUAUUCACCGCUUGUGUCUCUUUUACUGUUCGGCUCGGCCACAGCAUGGCUUCCCCAUGAGCGUGACCUGGCUUCGUUCAAUCAGACUACCAGAUUCGAACAGCUCGGAAAGAGAUUCAAACCAAACUUGGCCGAUGGUAUCACCAAGAUUCGCGGUGUCAACUUUGGUGGCUGGCUUGUCUGUGAGCGAUGGCUCCAAACAAAUACCUGGGAAAACGUCCUCAAAUGCGGCAACUCUGAAUCCGAAUUCGAUUGCAUGAACGAUCACUACAAAGGCGACAAUCGCGAAACAGGAAACCAACGCUUCGAAGAGCACUGGAAGACGUGGAUCGACCCAGCUACAGUCCAAUCUGUUCACGACGUUGGUCUGAACACCAUUCGAAUUCCCAUAGGAUACUGGUCCUACACGGAUAUCGUGGACAAAUCAUCUGAGCCCUUUGCUGAUGGAGAUCGAAUGUUGCCUUAUCUCGAUGCUGUCGUGAAGAAAGCUGCUGAACUUGGUAUCUAUGUCAUUAUGGACCUUCAUGGCGCUCCUGGUGGCCAACAGGAAGAUGUCUUCACGGGACAGAACAACAAGCCUGCGGGCUUCUUCAACGACUACAACUUUGGACGUGCGGAAAAGUGGAUUGCUUGGAUGACGGAUCGUAUUCACACGAACCCUGAUUAUUCAACAGUGGGUAUGAUUGAGGUUCUUAACGAGCCGGUGUCUCGCCAUGAUGGAGGAAAUCGGUAUCCAGCACCUGGCCAAGAUCCCGGCCUUAUCGAGAAGUACUAUCCCGCUGCCCUCAAAGCCGUUCGUGAUAAGGAAGCCAGCCUUCAAGUCUCAAACGACAAGAAGCUCCAUGUCCAGUUCAUGUCAAGCAAAUGGGACUCUGGCGAUGCUCGUACACAAUCAUCCAUAGCCAACGACGCGCUCACAGCUUUCGACGACCACAACUACAUCGGUUUCGCUCUGAAUGACGAUCAACACAGCAACGCGGACCCUUACAAACUUAUGCACAGCGCCUGCACCGACUCGCGUGUUGUCGACGGCCAAGACUUUACGUUUACUGGAGAAUGGAGCAUGACGUCGGACUACGACUGGAAGGACAAGGAGUUUUUCAACAAGUUCUUCACCGCGCAGCAGCAGUUGUAUGAGGAACCAGGCAUGUCUGGGUGGGUGUACUGGACGUGGAAGACGGAGACGAAUGAUCCUAGAUGGACGUAUUCGUAUGCCACAUAUUUGGGAUAUAUUCCUACUGAUGCGGCGGGAUUGCAGAAUAACGUUUAUCGGGAUGUUUGUGCUGGUUAUAGAUAG